ACUGCGUGAAUUUGGCAUAAAACGGACAAUAUCUCUCCAUUUUAAGAGUAUCUUUGGGGUGGUUAAGCCCAACAACUCCUAAUGCUGUAACUUUGGCAAUCAAGGUGCUAUAUAAUGCAGUAGCUUUGGCAAUCUAUCAAACAAAUCAAGUUCCCAAAUCCCUUCAAAGAACAUAAUAACAACAUGGAGAAGCACAUUUUCUUAUUGAUACUUCUCUUCCUAAUUCAAUAUUACUCUUUUUGUAUAUCACUUGCUUCCUCAAAUGAAACAAACCAGCAAGCUCUAUUAGAAUUCCAAAAUCUCAUUACAAGUCCUGGUCAUUUUUUGGCCUAUAAUUGGACCAAGAACACUUCUUUUUGCUCUUGGUUUGGGGUCACCUGCAGUCCAAAAAGGCAAAGGGUUGUUGCUUUGGCUCUUCCGAAUUUGCAACUUCAAGGCACAAUUUCGCCAUCUUUGGCCAAUUUGUCCUUUCUCAGAGUGCUCAAUCUCGAGAACAACAGCUUCCAUGGGAGCAUCCCGCAUGGCAUUGGCCACUUGCUUCGCUUGCGAGUGAUUGAUAUUCAAAACAAUAAGCUCCAAGGAAGUAUUCCAACAAGUCUAUUUCAACACCAGAGAGUUCAAAUCAUUUCAUUGGCCUUCAAUGAACUCAAUGGUGAAAUGUGGAAAGGUCCAUGGGAUGUACAGGAACUUAGAGUCUUAAAUCUCGGGAACAAUAGCCUCACAGGUACAAUCCCUCCAAAUGCCACGAAGUUGAUGGUCUUCAAUUUGUCUGGGAAUAGAAUCAACGGCAACAUUCCAAAGGAGAUCGGUAAUUUGAGCCAACUUGUGAAGUUCUACAUGUACGAUAAUCAGUUAACAGGUUCUAUUCCUGUAACAUUGUUUAAUAUCUCAUCGCUAUGUGUCGUAAGUCUGGUAUUUAAUAGCCUUUCUGGUCCUCUCUUGCUUGAUGAAGGGAAUAUUGUAUCAAAUCUGAAGUAUCUAGGUAUAUCUUUCAACCAAAUUUCUGGUUUCAUUCCUUCUAACAUAUGCCAACUCGCAGAGCUCAAAAUGUUGUCCAUAUCUUAUAACAAUAUAACCGGAGAUAUACCAAGAAAUAUUGGUUGUCUAGCCAAGCUCGAGGAGAUCUAUAUUGGAUCUAAUGCAAUUAGUGGGACUAUUCCUACUUCAUUGGGCAAUAUUUCCACUCUGAAAUACCUGAAUUGUUAUAGCAAUCGCAUAGGAGGGCAAAUUCCUCUGGAACUAGGAAAACUAUCAAAUUUGUGGGAAUUAACCUUUCAAGAGAAUUAUAAACUUAUUGGUGAAACUCCAGAGGCUAUUUUCAAUAUAUCUUCUUUGGAAAUCAUUGCUUUCAAUUUCAACAACCUCUCGGGGAGAAUUCCAAGAACUACAGGUCUUCAAGAUCUUCCAAACCUCCAAGCACUUCAAUUGGGGCACAUUCAGCUUGAAGGGGAAAUUCCAUUGUUCAUAACAAAUGCUUCCAAGCUUGAGAUACUGGAACUGGAAUGGAACUUUCUCACAGGAACUAUUCCUACAAAUUUUGGAAAUCUUCAUGAGCUGCAAAUACUGUUCCUACAUAAUAAUCAACUUACCAAUGAACCAAGAGAGCAUGAGUUGCGGUUUUUCAAUUCUUUGGUGGAAUGUAGGAUGUUGCGAUAUCUAGAAGUGGGUUUCAAUCCGUUGAAUGGCGUUUUGCCCAAGUCUAUUGGGAAUCUUUCAUCUACUAUUGAAAAACUUUAUAUAGAAGGUGCACAUAUCAAUGGCGGCAUCGCCACUGGUAUAGGCAACAUGAGCGGUUUUACAACCCUAGCCUUAGGAGAAAACAACUUGGCAGGAAGUAUUCCUUCUGAUGUUGGUAUGCUUAAACAACUCCAAGGUCUGUAUCUACUUGACAAUAAAUUGCAGGGACAUAUUCCAGAGGCGCUAUGCCAUUUAUCUAAUUUGGUUCAUAUAAUGAUGUCUGGUAAUGAGCUCACUGGAGUUAUCCCAGAAUGUAAAGGAAAUCUAAGCAUGCUACAACUGCUUUAUUUGGAUUCCAAUAAAUUUUCAUCAAAAUUUCCCUCAAGUCUUCGUAAAAUGAGAGGUCUUCUCUUUCUAAAUUUGUCACAAAAUUCUCUAGAGGGAGAAGUUCCAUCAGAUAUUGGAGAACUGAAGGUCAUUGUAGAACUAGAUCUUUCAGGUAAUAAGUUUUCAGGAACAAUACCAAGCAAAUUGGGGGACCUCCAAAGCUUGAAGUCUCUUGGCAUGUCGAACAAUUCAUUUUCAGGCUCAAUUCCAUUAUCCUUUUCCAACUUGAUAAGCUUGGAAUUCUUGGAUAUGUCUUUAAAUGCAUUGGCAGGUACUAUUCCUAAGUCUUUGGAUAAACUCUCAUACCUUAAAAGCAUUAAUGUUUCAUCUAAUGACUUAGAAGGUGAAAUACCCAAUGGUGGGGUGUUUGCAAAUUCCAAUCUGCAAUCAUUUCUUGUGAACAAAAGGCUAUGUGGAAUGAACAUAUCGGAGGUUCCUGAUUGUGCUAUCAUGAAUCCUGGAAAACAAUCAAAGUCUAAGAAGCCCGUGCUUAAGAUUGUCAUUCCAGUGGUUACUUCAUUUCUGAUAUUCUUGUUGGUGUCAGCUUGGAUAUUGAAACGAAAGAAAAAAGGAAAGUCCGAAGAUGUAGAAAAGGUACUAGAUAUUAGGACUCAUCAAUUGAUUUCUUAUCGUGAGAUUCAACCUGCAACAAAUAAUUUCGAUGGAUCAAAUCUAACUGCUGUGGGAACAUCUGGCUCGGUGUACAAAGGUACAUUAUCUGGUGGAAGUUUAGUGGCCAUAAAAGUUCUGGAUUUGGAAAAUGAGCAAGUAUGCAAGAGGUUUGAUACCGAAUGCAAAGUGAUGAGAAAUGUUAGACACAGAAAUCUUGUCCCUGUGAUUACUACUUGUUCGAGUGACUAUAUAAGAGCCUUCGUUCUAAAAUAUAUGUGCAAUGGGAGUCUUGAGAAUUGGUUGUACAGAGAAGAUUGCCACUUGAACCUUCUACAAAGAGUCAUUGUAAUGCUUGAUGCAGCUAUUGCAAUUGAAUAUCUACAUCAUGGUAAUGACACUCCGAUAGUUCAUCGCGACCUGAAGCCAGCAAACGUUCUUUUGGAUGAAGAUAUGGUGGCUCAUGUUGGUGAUUUUGGUAUCUCUAAAAUUUUAGCCGUAAACAAGUCCAUGGCACAUACCGAGACAUUGGGCACUCUUGGAUAUAUUGCACCAGGGACUAUGAUGGACGUUGUGGAUAUCAAUCUUUCUACUGAAGAACAAAUAACUUCCAAAAGUGAAAUCUGCAUAGCUUCCAUGGUCGAAUUGGCUUUUAGAUUGCACAAUGGAAAUUCCAGAAUCAAGGAUAACGAUGAAAGAUGUAGUCAAGAGGUUCAACAAAAUCAAGAACACAUUUCUGGAAACUUUGUAGUUAGCAUCUCUCUCGAUGGUGCUCUUUCUUAGCUGCAUUUUAAUAUGAUUCUUUUUUGCUUAGUAAAGUCGUCGUGAAGUGAUGUAAUUCAGAGUGUUGCAUUUCCCUCAUUUUGUGGUUUCAUAUCUUAGUGAUAUCAGAGUGUUCUUUCACUUUCUUUAUUUGUGGCUUUGUUUUGAAUGCUUGAAUAAACCAGAAUUGUAUUAAGAAAUAAGUACUUAUGAAAGUGUAUAGCUGCACUAUUGUACUUCCUGUUUGCAAGCUUGGAAAAA